AUGGCCAUGAUCACCAUCUGCGGCUUCCCCUGCUCGGGCAAGUCGACCCGCGCACAACAACUCGCCGACUUCCUCCAGGCCAAGCUCGCCGACCCGCUCUGCCCACCACACCACCGCGCCCGCAAGGUCGUCCUCCUCAACGACGAGUCGCUCGGCAUCCUCAAGCGCAGCUACGACGUAGACGCACGAGCAGAGAAGCCCGCCCGUGCUACCCUCUUCAGCGCCGUACAGCGCAACCUCGCCCGCGACGCCAUCGUCAUCGUCGACGCCAUGAACUACAUCAAGGGCGCGCGGUACCAGAUGUACUGCGAGGCGCGCGAGGUCGGCGUCCGGACCUGCACCCUCUUCAUCGCGACGCCGCCAGAUCAGUGCAAGGAGCGCAACUCGGCUCGACAAGGCCCGACCGCCUACGCCCCGGCAACGCUCGACAACCUCAUCUCGCGCUUCGAGGAGCCCAACUCGGCCGCACGGUGGGACGCGCCGCUCGUCACGGUCGCGGCGGACGAUCCGCCGCUCGACGCGCCAACUGGUGGGGCAGGAGGAGAGGGUGUCGAGGGCAGCGAAGCGGCGCAGCAGGUGUGGCGGGCCAUCACCGAGGGCGAGCUCAAGCCGCCAAACUUGGCGACACAGUCGGUCCAGACCUCGUCGACGUCGUACCUUACCCUCCUCGACUCGACCUCGUCCUCCCUCAUCACGGCCCUCCUCUCCCGCCAGUCCCUCUCGCCCCACUCUGGCCCUACGACCCUCACCCUCCCGCCUUCCUCCUCCGCACCUCGCACCGCCGCCCCUCUUCGCGUCACCCUGACGCUCAACCGCCCCGUCGCGCUCCCGCAGCUCCAGAGGCUCAAGCGCCAGUUCGUUCAGCUGCACGCCCGCACGGCCGGCGCGACAGAGUUUGACGACAAGAGGAUCGUCGCCAUGUUUGCCCAGUACGUCGAGGAGCAGAUGCGGUAGCUGCACGCGCGGCGAGCGAGGCGGCAAUGCAGCCCCGAGUCGCUCCC